AUGGGUGAAGACAUGGAUCUGGAUCAUCUGGACCCAGAAUCCAGGACAUCUGUGGCUGCAGAAGGGCUACUAGGGCUGGGCUCCACCCAUAUACCAUCUGGACCAAGUCCUUUGUCUUCAACGCCUAUUUUUCAACCGCCGAGAUUUCCCGCGCAGAGAAAUCGACCGGAAGCUGGGCGCUAUAGAUCUCCACAUGCGGCACAUCUGUCUCCUAAAUCUGCCCACCCACGAGCAGGCAGUAUAUAUCCUCCACCGUCUCUCAACCCUAACGGUAAUGUCACCGCUAUGGGUGCAAUAUCUGUAGCAGAAGACGAUCCAGGCACAGACUCUCCGCAGGAGCAGCAAUACUAUGGGAACUCUUCGGUGGCCUCUUUUAUGCGUCUUGCAGGAGAGUCCAUGCCUUUGCAGUCGUAUAUGUCAGCUCUGCAAGGCAACAAGAAUGAGUCUUCGAGAACCCAGGGCCCUGAUACAGGGAUUUGGCGAGAUGUAGGCCAUCCCUCAGUAGAUCUUCGGUUCGAUGAUUUCUCCUUGCCUCCUCGAUCUCUGGCAGACCAUCUUCUCGAGUGUUACUGGGACAGAGUACAUUGUCUAUUCCCAUUUUUGCAUCGCCCCAGUUUUGAGCAGGCAUAUGAAAAUCUCUGGGAAUCCGACAAGGCAACCAAGCCCGAGUUGCCACAACUCAAUAUCGGACUCGGGGGCGCAUUUGAUUGCGGUCCCAAUUCAAUUGUCUUCCAUUGCGCACUCAAUGCCAUCUUUGCUUUGGGUUGCUAUUUCUCUGAUAUUCCGCCUGCGGACCGAGAGGCUGCGGUUUAUUCGUUUUUCCUUCGCUCCAAGCGAUUUGUAAAUCUUGAUCUUCUGGACUUAGGCACUAUCGGCGUGGUUCAAACGCUUCUAAUUAUUUCACUUCUUCUUCAGAGCACUCCUUAUCCAAAUCGGUGCUGGAAUGCAGUUGGACUGGCGUGUCGAGCUGGUCAAGGACUCGGAUUACACGAGACAACCACACACGCCUCGAACAAACCUCUGGAGACAGAGAUACGACGGCGUACAUGGCAUAGCUGCGUCAUUAUGGACAUGAUUGUGAGCAUGACACAUGGAAGACCGAGCAUGACCUCUCAUAUCUCACCGUUGCCUCUGCCUGCAAUGGGAACGGACUCCCAAGAAGCCGAUCCUUGUGAGCUUAGCGGACAACCCUGCGAUCACAAGUUGGGGUAUAUGACGUUCUACGUUUCAACUAUUGAAUUAUACAAAAUCCUCGAGUCUAUUCUAUCCGAGGUCUAUAACGCUUGGCAGAGUCGAUCGAAUAGCGCUCGCACCAGUUUGCUGCGGAGCUCCAAGCUCUGUAGCCUGGAUGUGUUGAUGGAGCUUGACGAUAAACUUACCGCCUAUGAGACUAGCGUGCCCCAACCCUUGAAUUGGACAGAUGAACCAUCGCUGCAUCGCCCAGGUAGUGGCAAUGCGUCGAUAUUCAAGCGCCAGCAGAACGUGUUGCGUGCGAGAUUCAUCCACCUACGCCUCCUGUUAUAUCGCCCCAUGUUUACUCAGCUCUGCUCUGAUGAGCGAGCAGGCUCAUCACGUCGCUCUGAUGUACAACCCGCCGAGAAAAACAUAAUCUACUCGUCGGUCUUCUCAAAAUGUGCCGCCUCCUGCGUCAUGGCAGCCAUAGACCUGGUCUCACUUGUUCACGAGACGUAUCGAACAACUGUAACCGAUGCAUGGUGGUACAAUGGAUUCUACACAUCGACUGCAGGGUUUAUCCUGAUAAUGUCAUACUCAUGCCAUUCUAUCCGGGAGCAGGUUGAUUCACAAAUCGUGGAUGAGAGUUGGCGCAAGUGCGAAGAGAUAUUGGCUUUUAUGGCCAUGUUCAGUCUGUCUGCACGCAACUCAUUGCAGUUCUUGCAAGUGACGCACCAGCAUAUUAUGCAAAACUACUCAGCUACUUGUCGGCCUAGUGAUUCUUCCUCGUUAAUUCCUACUCAGCUGCACCAAAGAGGCAAUCAACAACAGAAUCGACCCGAUUUGUCAUCGCAGCAUACCGAGCCGAUGUCAGAUGAACACAAUCCCCGUCAUGAGCCCAAUAACAUGGAUAUUAAUCUUUUUACAACUUGGGAUGAGAUGGGAUCGGGUCAGGAAGAGUUUGGAUUCCUUGGGAGAUUUGAUUUGCCUGAUCUUGCAAGCUGGUUUACGGAUAUACCCCCUUGA